GGUUGCCGUGAGCUGUGAAGCCAUAGUACUCUACCCAGGGCGACAGCCUGAGGUUCUGUCUGAAAAAAAAAAAAAAAGAAAUCUAAUGUGGCAAAAUGUUAAAAAUUAAUGAGCAGAAGGACGAUUAAAUAAACGCUCAUUGUAUUAUACUUUAAACUUAUCUGUAGAUAUAAAUCAUUUUUUCUAAAUGUAAGUUGAGGAGGAAGGAAAAUGCAAUUCAAGGAAGACCAAGGAAAAUGCACCCACGCGUAGCAGAACCAGCGUCUGAAAGACCUCCCGGUUUCCUCGGCUCUUCCCUCUAGGCUGCUCCAGUCACGUGGCGUCUCGGCCCCGCCCACGGCUCCCAGAGGCCCGCGCGCGCGACCGGCAGUUCCGCCGCUUCCUCCCGGCUGGCGGGCUGCGGCUAUGGAGGGCGAACCUCCUCCGGUUGAGGAGCGGCGGCGGCUGCAAGAGGAGCUGGGCGAGUUCGUGGAGAACUGUUGCCGGACGCUGGAGGAGGUGACGACGUCCCUGGGCUGGGACCUGGAUAGCCUGGAUCCCGGGGAAGAGGAGUCGGCGGAGGGUGAAGUUGUGAUAUGUCCUUUUGAUUCUAAUCAUCACAUGCCUAAAUCAUCUUUAGCAAAGCACGUCGUAUCUUGUAAAUUGAGGAAACUGGGCUAUACCAAAGAAGAAGAGGAUAAAAUGUAUAAUCCUGAUUUUUUCUAUGAGAAUGUGAAGAUACCUUCAGUUACUUUGAAUAAGGACUCUCAAUUCCAGAUAAUUAAACAAGCUAGAACCGCAGUUGGAAAAGAUGGUGAUUAUAACAAUCAAAGGAUUUAUUCUUCAUUGCCUGUUGAAGUUCCUCUUAAUCACAAACGGUUUGUUUGUGAUCUAACUCAAGCGGAUCGCCUUGCCCUCUAUGAUUUUGUAGUUGAAGAGACAAAGAAAAAGCGCUCCAAUUCUCAAAUCAUUGAAAAUGACAGUGAUCUAUUUGUGGACUUGGCUGCCAAAGUCAAUCAAGAUAAUAGUCGAAAAAGUCCAAAAUCCUACCUUGAAAUCUUGGCAGAGGUGAGAGAUUAUAAAAGACGACGACAGUCCUAUAGAGCUAAGAAUGUUCACAUAACCAAGAAAUCAUAUACUGAGGUGAUUCGAGAUGUGAUAAAUGUGCACAUGGAAGAACUCAGUAAUCACUGGAAAGAAGAACAGGAAAAAGCAGAGGAUGAUGCUGAAAAGAAUGAAGAAAGGCGAUCAGCUUCUGUAGAUUCACGACAGUCUGUUGGAAGCUAUUUGGAUGCUGAGUGUUCACGACAUAGAAGGGAUCGGAGUAGGAGCCCACAUAGACGAAAAAGAAAUAAAGAUAAAGAUAAAAACUAUGAGUCGAGAAGAAGGAAAGAGAGGGAUGGAGAGAGACAUCAUAGUCAUAAAAGAAGAAAGCAAAAAAUGUAAAUGGACUAUCCGUGCAUGUAUUAAUUAUGCUUAUGCCAUGAUAAUCAAUAUGCUAAUAUUUUAAUAGCUUUGCAUAGGAAAAUGUAUUUAUAUGAUCUGUUUAGUGCACAUUAUUUUCAAUAAAUACUUACUUCUUCGAACUGUGAGUACAUUAUAUGCCCUACAAUUUUGUUUUCCAUAUAUUUUAUUAGAUGAUUUACUUCCUAUUACUGAUUUGGUUUUGUUCUUUUGGUUAAUUUAUGUAUCAUAAAUUAUUUAAUUUAAAAAGUCAAAGUAUAUAAGUUAUGUAUGAAUACUUUAUCAUUGUGAAAAUUGUACUUGACAUAGGAGUCUAAAGUCCCCAUGGAACACUGUCUGCAGUUUCUUUGCCCAUUCCUAUGGUAACUCCUCUUUAUCACUACCCCAGUGAAUUGGAAUGUUGAAAAACAAUCUAGACAUCUGAAGAGGAAUAGCUUGGCUAAAUAAAGUAUGGUAUAGUCAUAGAAUAGAUUACUAUGUUGGAAUUAAAACAAACAAAAUCUGUAUUAACAUGGCUCCAGUCUCAGAAAUAUGCUAAAUGAAAAUAGCAAGUUAUAAAAAUUAUAUACAAGAUGGGUGGCGCCUGUGGCUCAAAGGAGUAGGGCGCCGGGAGGUGGUGGGUUCAAACCCAGCCCCGGCCAAAAACUGCAAAAAAAAAAAAAAGUUAUAUAUAAGUUAUAUUUAUGUACAUAACAAUACUAUGCAUUUUUUAUGUCUAUAAAUAUAUAUAAAUACAUUUUUAAGGGUUCAGAAGAAUCUAUAAUAAACUAACAGCAAUUAGGGGGUAUAAAUGGGAGCGAUUAGGGGUGGAUACCGUGAUUGGGGGAGUAGUCAAAGGAGACUUGAGCUUUAUCAAUAAUAUAUUAAUUCAUUUUAAAAAGAAGGUAUUCAUGUUUCACAUGUUAAUUUAAAAUACAUUGUCAUUUUGUGUUUUGUAAAUCAACUUAAUUGAAGUAUUAUUUACCUACAUUAAAAAGCACCCAUUUUUAAGUGUG